UACAUUAAAAUUAUAGAGUUCUUCCUGAUUGGAGUUAUUCUCUAUAUUUAAUUUAUCCAAGUGUUCAUUGUGACACAGAGAAAAUCGUGAUAAAUUCAUAUGUUGUCGACCUAUGUAUGAUCCUGUUUAUCAUUCGAGGGUGUAAAAGAUAAACGCAAGUGUUAUGGAAUUUUUUAUCAUUACCAGGAUGGCAACUUCCUCGGUUGCAUUAGAAAGAUCAUGAUAUCGCUACUGAAACAGUGCAAGAGCUCGUAACAUUUUCCUUCGGUCCCUAUAUAAAGCUUAUAGUAUUGAGAUUAAUUAGUAAAUUGAGGAAAAAUGAGGUACGCGUUCACUUUCACUGUUUUACUCCUUUUUGUGGGGUUUGCGGAGAUCCUUGGUCGCCCAGGCCGGGGACGAGGAAGACGCCCUGGGGGUAGGGGACGCGGUCGUCCCGGGGGUGACAGUAAUGAAGACAGCAAUGAAAGUCGUCCCUCCACCAGAAACAGAAACGUCCAAAAAUAUUCCUGGAUGACUGAUCUGGAUGAACAAAACACCAAUGUCGCGGUGGAUGUAGAGGAAUUUGCACGUGUACAUAUGAACAAACAGAUGGCCAUACUGGUAUCUCGAGACAGACAACUGAGCGAUGCCGACUUUGACAAUCACCUCACAAUGUUUGAUUUUGCAAAGGGAAAAUGUGGAAUCCGUUUUAAGUUCCGAGUUCCCCCUGCCAGACCGAUCUUACCAGGUGAAUCAGCAGACGAUCCAGCCGACGCCGAUGACGAAGGUGUAGAUGAUAUGUUGGAGUAUGGUGAUUUUACCGAUAACGAUUCCCCUGCAGGAUUUUUCGGUGGCUCCGACCGAAUAUUCCGAGCCCGACCUGUUGAAGUCUGCUUUAUAGGAGAUAGUUUGGUUAACAUGACGCAAGCUAUGGAUGAGUUUGACAGAAGGGAGCAGAUGGUUGAAAUAGAGACUAGUGCAAGAGCAGCUUACAGUGUAGCAGCCGCUAACAAAUUGACCUCUGACCAACUUGAGGCUAUCAGUCCAGCCAUCGCAAAAUUCUGCAGCAGGGCUGCAAGGCUGGACAAUGUAUUCCAACUGACCGCCACAGGUAUCGUGGGACCUCCCACAUCCACCGUCCCCUCCCCGGCUUCUUCCACCAUCGCCACCACCACCACCACCACCCAACCUACAACUACUGGCGGUGGAAUUCUCCCCAACAGACCAUUCCAUCCAGGGCUUAUUGAAGUAAUCCCUCCCGACUCUUUCCUUGCCUCUGGGUUCAUGAAUCUCGCCAACCCAUCCUCGUCCAUGCCCUUCCAGAUCUCUAUGGCUUCUGACGUAAAACUGAACAUGCGGGGAGGGCGAAAAGGUUAAGAGUGAUGCUUAACAAAGUGACGCAGGACUUCUAAUAUCAGUUAUCAGUGACACAGGACCUCUAUAAUAUCAGUGACGCAGGACCUCGAUCUAUAGUAUCAGUGACACAGGACUUCUAUAUAGUAUCAGUGACGCAGGGCUUCUAUAGUAUCAGUAUCUCCUUACAUUCGCUAACAAUAUAUGGUGGAGUCUCUUCUGAGUUGACAAUAAAUGU